GCGGAGCGGCCGCCGCGGCUCCCGCGCUCCCGGCAACCGGCGGCACCCGCGGAACGGCGGACGCGGCCCGCGGCACGGUGUGGGAUCCAUGGCAGGAGCCGUGCGCAUCGGGGACCAGCUCAUUCUGGAAGAGGAAUACAAUGAAUCCUACGUUCCUAUGGAGCAAGAAAUCCGGGAUUUUGCGCCGACAAUCGGGAUUGACCCCGACAAGGAGUCGGAGCUGCUGUGGCUGGCCAGGGAGUGCCUGGUGACCCCAAUGCCCCCGGAGUGGAAGGCCUGCCAAGAUAUUGCAGGUGGUGACAUCUAUUUCUUCAACUUUGAAAACGGGCUCUCCACGUGGGAGCACCCCUGUGAUGAGCACUACAAGCAGCUGGUGAUCCGGGAGAGGGAGAAGCUGCUGGCACGGGGCAGCUUGAAGAAGGAAAAGAAGGAGAAAAAAGAGAAGAAGGAAAAGAAGGACAAGAAAGAGAAGAAGGAGAAGAAAGAGAAGAAGGACAAGAAGGAGAAGCAGUUCCUGAAGCAGCUGCCUCCCCCAGGCUCCCAGCUGGCUCCCAUCCAGCCUCCCCUGGGCACCCUCUCUCCUCUGCGUGGCCUCACCCCGUCUUCAUCCAUCGCCCUUCGUGGGUCCCUGAGCCUGGGGAAUGUGGUGGACUCCAGCCUCAUCCCCAAGGAAGGAACUCUGCCUGCAGAGAUAUCGAGGCCCACCAGCCGCACCAAGAAUCUGCUGGAUUUGAUCUGUGAAGAGAAAAGUUCCUUGAACGCGGCAGUGCCAGAGAAAUGGAGAAAUGAAGAGGAAGACAGUGAAAAUGAGAGUUUCCCUGGGACCUCAGGACGGUUUAAAAAUGUGUACCUGAAUGUUGAAGCCCUGGCAGGCAGCUUUGACUUUGAGCUUUCAAAGGCAUCCGGGGUCAGCAGCUGUGAGCAGGACUUGCCCGUCUCCAAGUGCUCCGACCACGAGGUGGUUCAGCCUGUGGGCUUGGGCUUCAAGAGCCAGCUUUCCGAGGAGGUUCUGGAUGUGGGGACCGUGUCUCCUGAUCUGGAAAGCAAGGCCCAGGAGCUGGGAGAAGAGGGAAAAGACCAAAGCAAAGGCAGUGUAGAGGAAGAGCAAAGGAAAAGACCAGAAGCUGCUGAGAGGCAACCUGAGAAGGAAAUGGAGCAGUCCUUGAACCAGCCUAAUGAUGAAUCCCUGGAGGAAAUAGUCAAGGAGGUGGAGACGGAGCUGGAGCAAGAGGAAAUACAUUUAUUUCAAGCAAAGGAGGAGAAAAUUGAGCAAUUCCAGGAGGAGAUGAAGCCGAAGGAAGAGGAGGAGGAGGAGGAGGAAGCUGAAAAGCUUCAUCAGCAAAAAGAAAAACCCCUCAGCACCCCAGAAGAAGAUUUGGCGAAAUCUGAGCAGGAAGAGGAAGAGUUGCUUGUCAGAGAGGAAAAAGCCAAGAGACUGGAAAAGCUGCGAGCCCAGAUUGCCUCAGAGAUGGAGGCAGAGGAGGAGAGGAUGAGGGCAGAGCAGGAGGCCACGCUGCAGAAGCUGAGGGAAGAGUGGGAAUCCCAGCAGCUGGUGGAGAAGGAGAGCCUGGAGAGGAAGCAGCAGCUUGCCUUGGAGGAAAUGAAGCUGGCAGUGGAGGAAGCCAGGCAGAAGGAGAUGAGCGAGCUGGAACAAGAGAAGGAGCAGUUCCUGAGCGAGCUCAGGGAGAGGUUAGACAGGGAGAAGAGGAAGGCAGCAGAGGAGCUGGAAGAACAGUUUGCCAGUGAGCUCCAGCAGCUGAAGUCUGCAGCAGAAGAGAAGCACCACGAGGUCAUUUCCAGCCUGCAAGCCCAGCUGGCAGAGGCACAGAGCAGCCAGGAGGCCCAGCUGCGUGAGGAGCUGCAGAGGGCAGAUCAGAAAGUGCAGCAAAAAGCCCUUAAAGUGAAGGAAUACGAGCGUGAGCUCAGCGAGCUGAUGAGCGACAAACGCCGGGAAGUGGAAAAAGAGCACGAGAGGAGGAUGGAGAGGAUGAGGGAGGAGCACCGGGAGGCCCUGGCGAGGGUCCAGGAGCAGUACCAGGAGGAGGAGCGGAGGCAGAGGUCGGAGCUGCUGGAGGGGCUGCGGAGCGAGGCGGCGCGGCUGCGGCAGCUCCACGACGCCGACGUGAAGGGGCUGCAGGCAGAGCUGGAGGGGAGGCUGACUGCCCUGCAGCACAGGCACAGGGAGAAGGAAAGGAAGCUCCAGGAUUCAGAGAGAGAGCUUGAAAUCCGCAUGAAAAACAUCCAAGCCAGAUCAGAACAGCUCCUCAGCCAGGAGGAGUCCCUGCAGAGGAGGAGGCAGCUGCUGCUGGAUGAGGACGGGCGGAUGCAGCUGGAAAGGGAGGAAGCGGCUCUGGCCUCUCAGCUGCGGCUGGAGGAGAGCAGGAAGGAGCAUUCCAGCCUCCUGGAGUCCGUCCGGCAGCUGCGGAGGUCCCUGGAGGAGCUGCAGGACCAGAAGGCUGAGCUGGAGGCCCAGGUGGACCUGCUGCAGAGCCGGAGCCAGAGGCUGCAGAAACGCAUUGGAGAGCUGGAGGAAGCAAUCAGGAGCAAACAGGAGGCUCUGAAAGAACUGGAGGCAGAAGAAAGUGUGGAAUCUCCAAGAAAGAAAGCUGAGCUCCGUGUUGAAGACCUGAGAGAAGCUCCUCAAGCUCACUCGUCCAGAGAGCCCUCCCCAGCCCCUCAGAGCCCCGAGGAGAGCGUCCUGCAGUUUGAUCGGGUCCGGAGUUACCUCUCUGCCGAGGGGCAGUCCCUGCGCAGCGCCAAGGAGUUCCUGCUGCGCCAGAGCCGCUCCCUGCGCCAGCGGCGCUCGGCGCUCAGGGCUGCCAGCCUGCAGUGGCACCAGCAGCUGCACAGGGCCCAGGGGGACGUGCAGGGUCCUGACAGCUCCCAGCUCCUGCAGGGAAUGCAGCACAACCUGGAGGAGGAGGCUAAGGAGCUGGACAAGAUGAAGUCAGCCAUGCAGAAAGGACAGGUGCUGCUGAAGAAGAAGGAGGAGAAGCUCAGCCAGCUGGAGUCCUCGCUGCUGGAGGAGCUCUCAGAUGAAGAUACACUGAAGAGUUCUGCGUGCAAGAAGGUGGUGACUUUUGAUCUGAGCACCUCUGAGGACACAAACAGCACGUCCAGUGUGAAUCUGGGCCAGUCUAGAUCUGACUUGAGAAGGGAUUUCUGGCCCGUGCUGCAGCAGGACAAGAUCCAGCACCUGAGGGACUCGGUGCAGAGCAUCACCAGUGAGCUGAACGGGGUCCUGGGGCUCCUGGACUCCCUGAGCCAUCACCAGUCUCCUCUCCUCACCUCCACAGCCCGGGAGGGCGUCCUCCUUCCCACAUAUCCCUCCUUGGGAGGUCUGAGGGGGGGCAGCUCCCUGGGGAACCCCCCCAGGGUGUCCCCCCUGGACCAGUGGGCCCGGAGCAGCGGGCUCAGCUCCACUUACUCCACCUCAGGGCAGUCAGUGGACAACAUGCUGGCAGAGAAAUGGCACAGGUAUUUCCCAGGUGGGUUCUCGUCACUCAGUGGGAGUCCUGAGCCUCUGGACAGCAAGCUGGGAUAUGUCCCUGCAGAUGAACAAAUCCGGCUCUUCCAGCAUUCCAAAUUCAGCGAGCCAGAGAAGAGGAAUAUUGAGGGGAUGAUUGAGAGCAGCAAGAAAUGGCUGAAAGGCUUCAAGAAGGAGUCCAAAGUACCCCUCUCCCUGCAGGCACAGAAGCCCCCAGGCAGCAGCCCCAGCCUGCUCCAGCUGAGACUGGAUGAAAACAGAGAGAUCAAGGUGUACCACUACUGAAAGGUGGGGUUUUUCUCUGCAGGGAUGCUGGGGGGGCCUGGGCAGUCUCCCCAUGAUGGGCUGGGUUUUGGUGAUGCCCACCCAGGCACCUCCACCAUGUGUGUGUGUGUGUGCCACGUCCUUGAGACUGGGUGUUUUUGCAACAGAGUGGAGGAAGGAGGAAGAGAGCUUCCCAGGCGGAUUCUUCUAAUCCUGUAAUGUGUCCAAAUAUACUUUAUAGACUGUUUAAUCCAGCGGUGACAUAUCAGGGCUUCAAUAAAUCAACAUUUCCCUCAUCAGUAUUCCAGCGAUGGCGAGGCAGAGCUGUGAAUCACGGAGGACUUUGAGUAACUGGUCAAGGGGGAGGAUGUGAAUCCAGCUGAGGCUCUGCUGGAGGAAAUGUGUCAGGAAAUGAGCCUGCCCUGAUGCCCAGCAAAUGCCUGGUGGCAGGUGGGCCACGUCAGGUGGCCUCUGGCACGUGGGAGCAGCGGAACGGCUGCGGAGUCUGGGGAUAAAAUCAGGGAAUGGCACGUUCUGGCUCUUGGGCAGUGUUCUGCUUGUUUGGGGUGGAAGCAGUAGGAACUGAGGGAGAUCUGGAGGAGCCCUCCCCGCUCCUCUCACGCCAGGCUGUGCCUCAGAGCAGCUCUGUACCCGUCACGGACGGUGGCAGCGGGAGCAGGGGUGGCAGGGACACGGGCAGGGCCUGGUGCAGGCACGGCUCAGGAGCUCCUGUGAGUGCUGAGUCCUCCUGUGCCCUGGGGAGAGGGACCCAGAGCAGCUGGGAGCUCUUUCCAUGCUCCUGCUGCAGCUCCACAGGGAUCCUGUGGGAGCAGGGCCGUGGGAACACCGGGGAGCGGCUGAGGAGCUGGGAUGAGCAGCUCCUGCAUGAGCAGCUCUCAGCUGUGACACAGGCUCAUGGCUUUGCUCACCAGCUGCUGUGGUGUUCCUCUGCAAAAGCCACAUCCAGAGGGUGUCCCAGCCUGCUGGGAUGCUUGGGACUGGCGGGGGUUUCACUCCACCCAGCAGGGAGGGGUCAGCCUUUCAUGGGAAUGUGGGGUUUGGUUGUCUUUGACAGUAUUUCCUCCGAGCUGACUCUAAAUAUUUUAUGCUUUAAAAAGCUGUCGAGCCGCUCGCCCGUUCUGGCUGCCGAGGACUCUGCACUUCAAGGGAGCCCAUCUGUGAGAAACCUUCUUCAAAGCCAUUCUCCUGAGACAGCUGCUGGGUGGGGGGAGGCUGGGAAGCUGCUGCCCCACACCCCCGGUGCUGUGUGAGCCCCUUGGGUGGGCAGUGGCAGGAGGCAGAGCCCCCUGCUCUGCUCCCUUGGUGCCAUAAGCCUGGCACAUGCAAAUAGAAAUAUAUUUUUGAUGAGCAUAAUUUUAAAACUCUUAAGAAUGUAUGUAUUUUAUUUUUUUCUUGCUGUUUUCCUAGAAGUUUUUUAUUGUAAUGACUCAACCAGCCUUAUUCCUUCCUAGGGAAGGAGGGAUCAAAACACGGGUAUCCCAUCUGCUGUUGGGUUGCACAAACCCCUUCCUGUAGGGCUCUUGCUUUUGGUUUACUGGAUACUCAGAGGACACAUGGCAGUCCUUGCAGUGAGGGGAUUUAGAAGGGUCCCCACAGUUGAGGUUGCUGUGGCCAAAGCCAUAUCACUGAGCCCAUUCUGUAUUUGGGGAGAAGCGUGCAUUAGUGGUGCAGGGAAAUACCAGUUUUUUUUAACAAUAACUUGGUUUGAAACACGCUCCUUUUUCCUGUUAAAACCUGGGACUGCAGCUGUAUCUGGUUUUGUAUAAAUUAAAUCAACAUGAGCCUG